ACUUCCCCCAAGCCCCUUUGUGUUGUUCUUGCCAACACAGCAGCCGUCCUGCUAUAUGUACCAACUGCCACUCUUGUCCCCAUCACUCUGGACGCUGAUCAGUUGUCGUCAACGACCAUGGGAAAGAUCACCUUCUACGAGGACCGGGGCUUCCAGGGUCGCCGCUACGAGUGUAGCAGCGACUGCCCUAACCUGCAGCCCUACUUCAGCCGCUGCAACUCCGUCCGCGUGGACAGCGGCUGCUGGAUGCUCUAUGAGCGCCCCAACUACCAGGGCCGCCAGUACUUCCUGCGGCGCGGAGACUACCCGGACUACCAGCAGUGGAUGGGCCUCAGCGACUCCGUGUGCUCCUGCCGCCUAAUCCCUUAUAGCAGCUCCCACAGGAUAAGACUGUACGAGAGAGAUGACUACCGAGGCCUUAUGUCUGAGCUCACGGAGGACUGCUCCUGCAUCCAGGAUCGCUUCCGGCUCCACGAGCUGUACUCCCUCCACGUGCUGGAGGGCUGCUGGGUCCUCUACGAGAUGCCCGACUACCGGGGCCGGCAGUACCUGCUGAGGCCUGGGGACUACAGGCGCCACCACGACUGGGGCGCCACGGAUGCCAGAGCAGGCUCUCUGAGACGGGUCAUCGAUGUGUACUAGGCUGUGUUUUUCUUGUUAUGCUUCACAUAGAAAUGCAAUAAAUAGACGCACUGUGUUCUUGGCA